UUUAAAAAAAAGAAAGAAAGAAAUAAAAAAUAAAAAUAAAAGGUCUCAUACUCCACGAGGAAUAGGGACCUCGUGGGAUUGACGUGUAACUUCAAACUGCAUAAAUAGGGUUAACAAUGGUGGGUCAUUGUUGGCUGGAGCACUUUGAUAUGGCUGGAAUUAUUGGAUAACUAGCAGUAAUAGUGACCACGGGGUGACUGGUCAGGGGAUAGUAACUCUCUAUAGGUAUUGUUAUGCUAUUUAUAAAGGAAACUAGUCAUGAACGCCUGGGGUCAGUCACAAUGAGGUAUGUACAGGGAGGUGCCCUUGCUUUACGCUGCAUCGUUCUCAUGAUCAAAGGUUAUUGAUCUGUGUUGCACUACAUGGCGAGCGAAUAGAGAAAGGGGAGAUAUGAUAGGUAUAUUCGUUUCUAUAGACCCAUCAUGUAGGUUAGAAUCGUCCUUGAAUUCCAUAAGGGGGAUGAAGAGAAAGCAUGGAAUGUGGUGGGGAGCUGACUCAUCCUUUUCAGUGACUGAAAACUUGGUCCUGCUGAUACCUAAGCUUAGUCUUGGUUUUCACGCACCAGGGACAUCCUGGUCCGUAUUUGCGUCCCCCAUCCCAGAAAAUCAUGUGAUGGAUGGAAGAUUUUGUUCCUUCUGUAGCUUGCUUUUUUUAGCCAAUUGGUAAAUCAUCGUCACAACAAUAAGAAUCUACAGGUAAUCAGGAUCUUCAGGAUAGGCCGCUUAACCCGAUAAGACAGUGGAGUACACCGGUGGUACAUUGGUCGCUGGUAUUAUUACACGGAAAAGUGGGGAAUGUGAGUUGGCUUCCGGAUCGAAUCCUCGAUGCUUCCCAGCGGCUGAGCCAAUUAUAGGAGCUGCCAAGGUUGCUGUGUGCUCCACCGUUGGGUCUGGACAAACUUAGUAAUUUGUUACCGUCAUUUACGGAAGUGUACUCAGGAGGCUUGAAUCGAAAGAAAAGGAAAAGCGACGGA